AUGAGUCCAGAAUUUAAUGAACUCACUAAAAAUUAUGAUACCUAUAAAGAAAGUAAUGAUAUUGUUGAUAAUCCUAAUGAGAAUCCAUAUGAAAAACUUUCAAAUGCAUUCUUUUUAUUAUACAGCUGUUUACCACCUGAUAAAGUUUCAACAAUUCAAUCAUUGGUAUCUGUUACAGAAAAUUUAGCCAAAGUACAGCGUGAAAAUCAGCUAAUUGGACGUAAAGCAAUUCGACAUUUACGACGAUUUUUCACAGUGGAAUAUAAGGAACUAAUGGAUGAACGGACAAAAUUGGAAAAGGCACGUACUGAUAUGGAUCUUAUGAAACAAGAGGUAAAAGAAGCAAAUACAACGGAAAAAAUUGAAAAAUAUGCUAUACUUUACGAGCAAGCUGUUGAAGAAUUUGAUGGACAAGCACGUCGUACUAUUGUUUUACUCAAUCAAUUACCAAAAAUUAAAACGAUUCAUUUGGUAUGA